AUGGCCCGCCUGAUACAAGAGGAAAGAGCGCAGCUGCAAGGCUUCCUGUGCAGGGAGAAUUGCCCACCAAAGGCCCUCAUGCGAGAGUGGCUCCUCAAAGCGGCAAUCGAGCCAGACACAGAGACCCAGCGACGAUUCGGGCAGGUGAUGAGACAGAUGAACUGGACGUACGCAAAUCUGGGCUGGUUUCACUACCGGUCCAUCCUCAACCUUUGGCGGUCCGGCACAGCGGCGCCUGAGGACGCCUACGACGCACAGCGCGAAGCCGGCAUAAAGCUCUACGGACGAGGCGGAAGACAAUGCAUGCAGUUCAACUACUACGUUCUCCACUACACGAUGUGCGGAGAGGACUUCACCCGAAGACCUCCCCUGGCAGCCUGGGGUUUUACCAGCGAAAUCCAGCUCGUGUGGGACGGCAUCGGCUCCUGGCAAGCGUAG